UUAUGUCUGAACAGAAGUAGGAACUCCAGUUCAUUUUACUUUGCCAAAGGAGAGGGAUGUCAUUCAGCCCUUGAUGAGCAUAACACCCCCUCUUAUUGGCCAGCUUAAAAUGGGGCCCAGAAGGCACAGCACACCCAUCGCGGACAGUAGUUGUCCAGACAGCACUAUAGCAACUAGUGAUGUUACAGCAGAAGGUACAAUGGGGACCACCAGCAGUGUCACAGUGGAAAGUGCCAUGGUAUCAACAGAUGCAUUGGAGGCGUGCGAGAAAAGAGAUUCCGGUGCAGCUCUUGUUACUGAUGCGAAGCUCUCUCUGCGAAUGAACCUUAUAACCCCUUCAAACGAUGGGAGUGAGGAGUCUCUACCUUUCAGCUUGGAAAAGCCUACAGCCAGUGAAAGGAAAAAUGGAUCCUCUGUUGUUGCUGGUGCUCCUGCCAGCUCCCAGAAGUCAUUGUCUGUGUUUAGUCAUGUUUGUGAAGUUCGACGAGAGGAUGAGGCCAGAGGCCAUGGUCUUCCCACCUCUCCAUUUAGGGGGAAUCUAUUCAGUUUUCCUGACACACAGGAAGAUAAGGAACUGUGUAAAAGUCCUGGUAAAUGGCAACAUCAGCAGCACAAGGCAGAAGACAGUGGUGGACAGGUCCAAAUUCCUCAGCAGUUGCAGCAGGACUGCAGUCAACAGCCUUCACACACAGAGGAAGUUGCAUCUGUGGAGGCUGGUAUUGUAAGCAGUCAUAAAGAGGAAGGGGAAAGAGUGCCAAAGAAACCAAGCAAGGCUGUGACAACUGAAGAGAGGGUUGAAGGCCCAGAGAGRUGGGAAAACGCCAACAAUAAAGGGAUUCAAACUACAGCGGAUUUUCUUUUUGCCCCAACAACUGUUACAACAGCAACACAAACGGCAGAAGAAUCUUUUGGACAGGUGGAAGUGGGAACUAGUAUGUCUGGACAAAGACCUGACCAACAAGAUGCAAAGAUACAAACUGAGGAGAGUGGGGAAAAACUUGUGAAUGCCUCUGGAGAGGACACAGAUUCUCUGCACAGUCAGGGAGAGGAGGAAUUUAACCUUCUUCAUCCACCCAGAGGCCGAGUUCAACAUCGCCACAUACGAACUAUUCGAGAAGUACGCACUGUUGUUACACGUGUCAUCACAGACAUUUACUACAUAAAUGGGGCAGAGGUGGAGCGAAAGAUAGUUGAGGAGACUGAGGAGCCCGUAGUGGAGUGCCAGGAGUGUGAGACUGAUACAUCCUCCUCUAGAAAUGCAGCGGGCUCAUCACUGACCUCGGGAGACCUUGGUGAUGUCAGCUCCUUCUCAUCCAAGGCCUCAAGCCUUCACCGGACAUCCAGUGGAGCAAGCAGUGUUCACUCUGCUGUGCAGAGCAGCAGCAGCUCAGGACGAGGAACUGGCGCUCUCAAAGGGAAAGCGUGUGGGAUGGAAGCUGGAGAGUUUGCUUUACCUGUUGGUAGAGGCAUCUUAGGGAAACUAAGUCCUAGGAAAGGAGUUGGUCAGCCAGCAUCGCCUCUCAGGGUUAGCCAGACGGGAGCAGUUCCUUGUGAGGAAGAUGAAGAUUCUCUGCUUGGCCCCCGUCAGGGUGGAAGAGCACCAGGGACACCGCGUGGACGAGGAAAAAGAGGCCGUCCACCAUCACGAACAACUGGAACAAGAGAUUUAACUGGAUUGUCUGGUGUGGARGAUCUCUCAACUACAGCAUCACCCGAGGAAAAAUCAUUUACUCGUACAGUUCGCCUGCCAGAUGGAGGGGAGAAAUCUGAUGCCGCAGGCUUCUGUGCCUUACGUCGAAGUGAUUCUCCAGAAAUCCCAUUACAAGUGGUGGCUGGUCCUUCAGACUGUGUGGACUCAUCCUCUGGAAACAGCUUUGUGGGCCUCAGGGUUGUAGCAAAGUGGUCCUCAAAUGGCUUCUUCUAUUCUGGGAUGAUUACCCAAGAUGUUGGGGCAGGAAAAUACAAACUGCUCUUUGAUGAUGGGUAUGAAUGUGAUGUGUUAGGAAAAGAUAUUUUGCUCUGUGACCCUAUCCCUCUGGAAACUGAGGUGACUGCGCUCUCAGAGGAUGAGUACUUCAGUGCAGGUGUAGUGAAAGGACACCGGAAAGAGUCUGGUGAGCUGUAUUACUGCAUUGAAAAGGAAGGCCAACGGAAGUGGUACAAGCGGAUGGCUGUUAUCCUGUCUCUGGAGCAAGGAAAUAAGCUCCGGGAACAGUUUGGCCUAGGUCCUUAUGAACCUGUCACUCCUUUGACCAAGGCAGCUGACAUCAGCCUCGAUAACCUUGUGGAGGGGAAGCGGAAGCGACGUAGUAACUUUGGGUCUCCCAGCACUUCCAGCAGUAGCACAACUCCUACUCGUAAAGAGCUGGACAGUCCACGCAGCUCACUAGGAAUGCUGUCUGGGAAGAGGAAACUUGUUGCUUCUGAAGAUGAGAGAGUACCAGUUAAACGUGGACGCAAGUCAACAACAGUAAAGUCUGGAGCUGAGAGAGCAGUAGAGUUUGUGAGCACCUGUGAAAGUGUAGAUGCUAUAAACACCCCAGUACUGGAGGACCAUCACAGCCCAUUGCCUCACAACAAGACCCUCUUUUUGGGCUAUGCCUUUCUUCUCACUAUGGCAACACCAAGCGACAAACUGAUCAAUCGCCAGAAGCCAUCAGAUGGUCCUGCAGGGAGUAGUGAGGAGGAAGAAGAAUUUUUAGAGAUGACUCCAUACAACAAGCAUUACAUAGCACAGCAGCUGCGAGCAGGAGCUGGCUAUAUUCUGGAAGACUUCAAUGAAACACAGUGUAAUGCAGCAUAUCAGUGUCUUUUAAUUGCGGACCAACAUUGUCGAACUCGGACAUAUUUGCUGUGCCUUGCCAGAGGGAUCCCUUGUGUGUCUCAUAUCUGGGUCCAUGACAGCUGUCAUGCCAAUCAGCUUCAAAACUAUCGGAAUUACCUUUUGCCAGCUGGUUAUAGUCUCCAGGAACAGAAGUUGCUAGAAUGGCACCCACGAGAAAAUCUAUUCCAUAACUUGAAGGUUCUCCUGGUGUCAGACCAGCGGCAGAACUUCCUGGAUCUGUGGUCUGAAAUCCUCAUGACAGGGGGAGCAGCAUCUGUUAAACAGCAUUACUCAAACACUCAUAACAAAGAUAUUGCUUUGGGUGUUUAUGACGUGGUAGUGACUGAUUUUUCCUGCCCAGCUGGUCUCUUGAAGUGUGCAGAAGCAUUACGGCUGCCUGUUGUGUCCCAAGAGUGGGUGAUCCAGAGCCUUAUUGCUGGGGAGARAGUAGGCUACAGCAAGCAUCCAAAAUACAAACAUGAUUACGUCCCCCACUAAACAAGCCUAUGCCCUGCCCGCCCUCUGUGCAGACUGUUUUAAUCAGGUUUUAAAUGUUUGUGUAGUUGAAGAAUGUGCAUGGAUUACUGUAUAUAGUUUUAUUUGCUGGACUUUUAUGAUGUAAUAAAUGUUAAAUCUCUUGUGGUAAAUCUCGUGCUAACUGCUGGGACUCCUGACUUACCUGAACUUAUCCCAGAGUCUUAUCCAGAGGGGAAGAUAGGCCUACAUUUCUCUAGACUAAAUAACACUAAUACUCUUCUAUUUUCUACAAAGGUAGAUGUCAACACAAAGGCACCUAGGAACAGAAGGAGAGAUGUCACCUGACAGGCUGUAUGCAGAAGAGUAUACCUCUGUCCAAGUGCAGGGCUGCAGCAGCAUUUCUCUUUGUUGAAAGAAUGGUAUGUUUAGUAACUCCCCCAGCUUGUUUUUUGUUAUUUUCCAGGAACUUCAGCAAAUGUUACUGAAAUGACUGAUAGAAGUUCCUAGGACAAAGUCCCACCUCUUUCUCUGCUGUCUUCCAGGCUACUCUCUUUUUCCUAUCCUGACCAUAUGGGUAUUAAUCUGUCUGAAUGCAGACUGGCACUAAAUGGAGAUAUAAACACAGUGACCUAGAAAAAAACUAAACUGAUGGGAGACUGAGAUGCAAAAAGUAUUUAAGUGACUUGUAUUUGUUACAAUGGGUGUAGGUUAAUGGGGUAAACCCUCUGAUUCUGAGCCGUUGCAUUCAGUCAAGCAUUUAAAAUAAAUAUCAACUUAGCUAGAAGAGCUCAGUUUGAAAACUCUUCACUCUCUGGGUGCUGUAUGCUAGAGCCUACUCUGGCCUCCAUUCAGCCUUGAAUACAAUCUUUAGUCUUUUAUUUCAAAAGCUUUUUUUUUUUUCCCCUCUUGAUCUAGGUUCCUGCACCCAUGUCCUAGAUCAACUGUCAUUUGAGUGACUUGCAUUUUGAAUAAGCAGGCCUGUAAAUACAAUGUGCUUUUUCCUAUCAGUAACAUCUUUUCUCUAAUUUCUGUUUUUUUAAUGGUCUGAUAAUUUUAAACUUUGCAUAAGGCCUACAACUGUAAUGUCCCAUCAUGAAUGUCUAUAGCGUAUAGAAGAUGACAGAGUUUUAUUUGACUUUCCAUUGUUACUGUUGUUGCUUUGUGAAUGAACAAAGUGCAUUUUCCUUUCAAGGGCACCUGGCUUUUCUGAGAGCUGCAGCUGAAGCUCUUGUGAAAAUGUCACUUACUGAAAAGAACACCUGUUCUCUUGUGCCUUGGUCUUCACACUGGAAAACAUAACAGUAUCUGCCUGGAGGGCUCUUUGUGCCACCGGUCCAACCAGACUUUAGUCAAAUUUGUCUGUCUGUUAUUCCAUAGCUAGUAAAUCUGUGUUCUUAACCUACAAACUUUCCUCCAGCCACUCCAGCACCUCUUUCAUUCAAACAGUGGCAGUAUUUUACAUAUUGCAGAUGCAGUAUGGCCUUAUUUUGAUUCAGUAUGAUAGUCAGUAGUAGCAUUCUAAAUAGCUUUGAAGGAAAACAGAUAACAGAUACAGUAGAUCUCUUAAGUUUUGCCUUAUUCCAGUUCCAGCAUCUUUUUUCCAUAUAGAAUGGGCUUCACACUUUGAAUAAAACAAAGCACUUUCGAUGUUAAAAUGAGUAA